AUGAGGAAAGAAAAUUUUGCAUUACAGAAAUCAAGAAAUAUGAUUAAGAAUGCAAAUUCAAUGCAUUACAAAGGAAAUCAUAAUGCAGGAAUGAACAAUCCUUCCAAGAGCUUAAGGACUAGCUAUUCCAAACCCUUGGAUGCUUCUCCUAAGUCUUAGACCUAAAUAAGGGACCGAACUUCCAAAACAAGGCUUCUCUCGAACUCAGAAUUAAGAAAAGUGGACCUAAAGAAUUUUAUCCAGAUUAUUACAGGAAUAAGCCAGACAUGGAGGGAGAAGCUUAUGAAGCCCAAACAAAAGGAAUUUACAAAUCAAUUAAAAAUGCUUAUGAAAUGGGCCUUAUCUCACAAAUCCCAGUGUCUGAGGAAGUUGCUAAUAACCUUCCAAUUGAGGAUAUGAAGAACCCUAAUAGAUUGAUUGAGAAGUCAUUUGAUACUUUUAGAGUAUCUAGAAGAUUUUCAGUAGAUCCUCACAACAAGCAACAUUUGUUUGGUAAAGGGCUCCAGAAGGAGCCUGAGCCGAUUAACAAGCAGUUCUUUGAUGAAUCUCCCUUUGGAAUUCAAAACGAAGUGUACCCAACGAAGUAUGUGCACACAAAGAGCGAACCUACAAGGCUUGGCGGAGGGUCUUUCCAGAAACCUCCAAAAUCAACCCUAAAAACUUAUGCUGGCACUGAAAGAAAAGGAUAUAUGGAAGAUAGAUUGGGAGCAACAAUGCAAGCAGAGAACAUUGCAAAAAUUAAUUUUGACAAGUCUCAGAAUUUUAAUGAUUUUAAUGAAAAGCUAAAAUAAUGAUAUGAAUACUUUGAGCAAACAAGAACUUAAUCAUUCUUUAUUAUCAAAACGACAAAUGAGAGGAAGCUUAACUGACCGUACUGCACAAGAUCAAUGUAAUCCUUUUAAAUGGAAAGGGCAUAAUGAUACAAGAAAGGAAGUUGUUGAUUCUAAAAUGGUAAUCCCACAAGAAAGAAAGUCUUCUUAUGGCAACAAAUUUUUCAUUCCUGGAACAACUAUGAGGACUCGGAUCGAAGCAAACAAUAAUCCUUGUGAUAAGAUCACUGAUAUCAAAUUCACCAACCAGAGUUAUUUAAAAUAGAAUUCCAAGCGAAAGAGCUACAAAAAUAGUACAGGAUAUGAGGCAUAAGAGGAACUUGCAAAGAAAUGCAUCAGAAAUAGCUCUGAAUUCCAAAAAUUUGUCAAAUAUACAACAUACAGGAUCUAGUUUUCAAAACAACAUGACUCAGAAUCGGAAUCAUCUAGCUAGCAAGUUAUCAGUCCAAAACCUAGGUCAGAGUACUAACUCUCCAUAUAUGUAUCAGAGUAAUUGUAAGAAUGUCCAUACUAUCUCAAGAAGACAUCAGAUGCCACCUCAAGUGUCAAAUACAAAGCCAGAAUAUGUUAAGGUUUACAAGGAUGGCCUCCAUUAUGAAGGCACAGGCAAGAUUGGAUAAAAUUUGAUUCAAAAAUGAUAAUAAAUGAUUUUGUCAUCUA